AUGUCGAACACAGAGAAGAAACAAACAAGGGAAAGCAGUGAUGAAGUGGCAGCAUCAAUUGCGAGUGGAACAAGAGUCACUCGUAGUGCUACCAAGGAGAAACUAUCUGACGAACAUAUGCUCAAGACAGCAGGACAGUUUAAUAGGAUAGCAACGAUCAAAACAUUGAUAGAAAGUCUUCCCUUAUCCCAUUUAGAAGCAGACAUUGAUGAAAUAAUAUGUAUAAAGGAAGCCAUUGAUGAAAUUCACAAAACGUUCAAUAAGGAACAUCAGUAUAUUGAAACAACUUGGCCAUCAACUUUCAUCACACAUGAUUAUUUCACGCAAAAUGCACAAGGGGAAGAGAUCCAGUGCCACAUUGAAGCACAAAGUAAAAUAAGGAAAUUGUGUCGCGAACUCAAUGUGACACCAAAAACAGUAAACAAGGUAGAAGAGACUUCAGUAACGGAAGGAAGAACUAAGGAAAUAAACCGUCUUCCUGACAUUCCGAUUCCUAAAUUCUCAGGAGAUUACAUGGCCUGGCCAUCAUUCAAGGACCUGUUUGAAUCACUUGUAUUAAAAAGCAGUAAGUUGAGUGAUGUACAAAAGUUCCAUUAUCUGCGUUCCACUCUAGAAGGAUCAGCAUUUAAAAUGAUAUCCAGACUAUCAUUACAAAAUACUUCCCUCAACAUAGCAUGGAAGAAAUUGAUAGAUAAGUUUGAUAGUCCUAGAUUAGCAGUCAAUCCACAUUUACAAAAAAUGCUGAAAACGACUCCAUCUAGAAAACGAUCAGCCAUUGAAUUAGACGAGAUGAUAAAUUAUGUGGGAGACAUCAUCGAGGGACUUAAUCUCUUUGAAAUCCAAAACCCAUGGGAGGCAUUAGGAGUACAUCAGAUUAUAAAGCAGCAAGACGAGCAAACACGAACAGAAUGGGAAAGAUCACUAGGGAACUCAAAGACUUAUCCUUCCUUUGCUCAACUCAGAACUUACUUUGCUGCACAAGUAACAGCAUUAGAAAAUGCUUGUGGAGUCGAAGGGAAGGAACAAAAACCUCAAGGCAAAUUAAAACCCAAGGGGAAACUAAAGGUUAAGGCGUUCCACACCAACACAAGGGAAGAUACUGAGAAGGUCCCAUUCAACAAAACUUGUCAAUACUGCAAAAAGGACCACCGACCUAACUUGAAUCCAGACAUAACUGACGUUUUAAUCUGGAUACGUAAACAUCAAUUUCUAUUUUCAACGGAUAUCACUAAAAUUUACAGACAGAUAAAAGUACACAAGGAUGAUUGGGUACUGCAACGAAUCUUAUGGAUAGAUGAUAAAGGGAAUGAAACACCAUAUUAUCUAACCACAGUCACAUAUGGAAUGAGAGCCGCGCCCUUUCUAGCAGUCAGAACUUUACUACAAUUAGUGGAGGAUGAAGGAAAGAAUUACCCUUUAGCCGUACCUUGCAUUACUCAAGGAAGAUAUGUAGACGACAUAUUCGGAGGUGCAGACACACAACAAGAACUAAUUGAAAUUGCACUACAAUUGAAGAAACUCUGUAAUGCGGGCGGUUUCCCUCUAGCUAAAUGGCACUCGACACAUGAAGACACCAUCAUCGCAAUUAACGCAGACCGAAACCAAGAAGCGAUAAUUACAUUCGACUGCGACACUCCAAAAAUACUGGGUUUGCAAUGGGACUCACAAAGAGACCAGUUUACCUUCGCUACAACCUUAUCAGCGGACAACGAAAAAACCUCAAAGCGAACCAUACUAUCCAACAUAGCCAAAAUAUUCGAUCCAUUGGGCUUUCUAUCACCAGUGGUAAUUAAGGCAAAAAUGCUCCUCCAAGAAUUAUGGUUGCAUAAAAUUAAGUGGGACGAUCCGAUACCACAACGAUUAUCAACUCAAUGGCGAGCUAUAAAACAGGAUUUGUUAGAAUUAAACCAGAUCACUAUCCCAAGAUGGCUCAACACAAGAAACGGGUCAAGCACUGAACUUCAUGGCUUUUCUGAUGCUUCUCAAUUAGCCAUGGCUGCAGUAAUAUACCUCACCGUCCACAACGCGUCUGAACAACAAACUAUACUGAUAUGUUCAAAAACUAAGGUUGCUCCGUUAAAACGACUUUCUAUUCCCAGAUUGGAACUAACAGCGGCAUUGCUACUAUCAAAACUUACGCAAUACAUCAGGAACACUCUAAACAUGGAGAUAACAGCAACACAUCUGUGGACGGAUUCAAGAGUCGCACUCACAUGGAUAAGAUCACAUGCAUCUCGCUGGAAGGAUAUUGUAAGAAACCGUGUCACCUUGAUACAAGAGCUUACAUCAAAUUAUCAAUGGAAUUACGUUCCUGGAAAAGCAAACCCUGCUGACUGCGCUUCAAGAGGUUUACGGGCCAAUCAACUGAAGGAUCACCCUCUUUGGUGGACGGGACCUUCAUGGCUGCACGAUCCAGACUCCUGGCCAGAGCAACCCACUGAAGCUGAUAAACAAUCGGAGCAAGAAGCCCGACCCGGCAUAUCUCUCGCAGCAACGAUAUCAAAACCCGAUUACCACUGGGAUCUAGUGCAUAAACAUUCGCAAUUACCAAAAUUAUUGAGAAUCACUGCGGCAUGCAUAAGAUUCAUUGCCCAUGCAAAACCACACGAACCGUCUUCACCAAAUCUCACUAUUUGUGGAAGUCUGGAAAGCUCAAGAUUAUUCUGGAUAAAGGCGCUCUUACGCCCAACACUAGAGUCGACUGCACACGUGUUAAAUAAACCCGCCAACAGUGCCGCGUUCAAUUAA